AUGCUGGUCUGGAUGGAAGUUGUUCCCACUCGCGUAAAGCUGAGAUCUGGUGCCAACUGGUCAUCCCCCACCCCCCUCGAAGCUGUAUACCGUUGCGAGGUCCGUAUCAUUUCGGUGGUUAAGCACAUUCCCUUCAAAAAAAUCUUACUUUUAUCCAGUAAGUACACAUCAUAUAGCCAAUGUGGUCAGUAUGAGUCGGAAUUCUUGUGAACGAUAUUGUUUCAGUUCUCCAAAACUGUGAAGCCCAUAGUGUUUCUCCACAUCCAGCGGGUCUUCUGUUGCAGUACGCACCGCUGUAACCUGUUGGACACAAGCAUACCGAGCAAUCUCUCGGAUUAGGAAUUCCAUCAUUGAAGCAAAUCGCACUCUGAGAAGUUGCACAUCGGGCGUUACAUUUAUAGUGGGCGUUGAUCAUCAUAAUGUCAUAAAACGAUGGAAUUUUCGAACCAAUUGUCCGUAGAUAACGUUUCUGGAGGGGAAAAAGUGAGUUUCCUCUUUUUGCAAACGAUUUAGCGUCAUAGUGCAUGACACUACCGUAAUCAUAUGGGGUGUAGUUGAUGACUCGGCUUUUGUCGAAGUUUCCGUAGUUGAUCUCUUUUCCUUUCGGCACUGAUGAGAGGUCAACUCGAAUGUAAUGGUCUCGAUCGUCUCGCAUUUGCAUAUGCCAUACACCGAGGGCGUGCAUAAAUUCAUGAACGACACUGCCAACAGUGCAACAGGCUUUGUUCAAGAAAAGGUCCUGCUCGCCUCCUUGCAUUCCAACAUAUGAAAAGCAGAUCUUUCCUUUGUUUAUACGAAUGCGAUUAGUGGCUGAUAGAUCUUCAUGAAAGUCGAUGCAUGUUCGAGCACUUAUGUAACUCAGCGCUUUUCUCACAAUUUUCUGAGCUUUUUCUUCGACGCUCGGGUCAAAGUAGUAGAACACCUUGUUCUCCACCCAUCGGGUAGCUCUUCUGUCAAUUUGACGUUUUUGUCGACGAAUGGGGUUUACACUUGCUUCGAUAUGUUCACUAG